CAAAUGCCACCCUAUUCCCUAUAUAGUGCACUACGUUUGACCAGGGCCCCAUAGGGAAUAGGGUUCCAUUUGGGACGUCCGAAUGGUGUUGAUUACUCUGUUGUUGUUGUUGUUUACUUGUGUCUGUGUUGUCGGCCCUGUCUCCAGGCCUGCGUACGGCGGUCGGGAUUGCCCCGGGUCCACUUUUGAUUACCAGAUGUGCAACACGGAGGAGUGUGCCGGACCGUACGAAGACUUCCGCGCUCAACAGUGUGUCCAGAGGAGCAACAAAUACCACAAGAACACCAAGCACACCUGGCUACCCUACGAACACCCAGAUGGUAGGACACAGCCUGCAUCCCAAGUGGAACACUAUUCCUUUAGUGCAUUACUGUUGACCAAAGGUCAAAGGUGAAAUGAUGCAGCUGGGUUGUAGUGAGUGAUGUUAAGUUAUAGUAAAGAAACUCAUAAUGUCAAUGACUGCGUCUCAAAUGGCACCCUAUUCCCUAUAUGGUGCACUGCUUUUGACCAGGGCUCUGAUCAAAAGCUGUGCACUGUGUAGGGAUUAGGGUGCCAUUUUGGAUAUCACCACAUUGUAAAAUAUUGGCUUUACUUAUUAACCCCUGCCAUUCUAAAAGGUGAAACCAUAAUGUCCACUGUAUUAGCAAUAAAAUUAUUCUAAUACAUAUUUACCAUAAUAAGACAGUUUCCAUACAAUAGUAAUAAUUUCUAAAUUUAAUUAUAUAUACUUACAUAAGAAAUAAUAAAUCAACCAAAUAAGUUUUAUACAUACAAAAUACAUUUAUUUGACACAAACGAUAUGGCUGUAGCAAUGAGAUGUGUUUUCAUGCAGAGAGCCACUGCACGACACACACAAUAACAUUAGAAGAUGGGUGGAAGGGAGAGACUCAGAGAUGCAAUAUAUAUACAAAAGUAUGUGGAUACCGCUUCAAAUCAGUGGAUUCGGCUAUUCCAGCACACAGCCAUGCAAUCUCCAUAGACAAACAUUGGCAGUAGAAUGGCCUUACUGAAGAGCUCAGUGACUUUCAACGUGGCACCUUUCCAACAAGUCAGUUCGUCAAAUUUCUGCCCUGCUAGAGCUUCCCCGGUCAACUGUCAGUGCUGUUAUUGUGAAGUGGAAACGUCUAGGAGCAACAAGUGGUAGGCCACUCAAGCUCACAGAACAGGAGUGCAGAGUGCUGAAGCGCGUAGCACGUAAAAAUUGUCUGUCCUCGGAUGCAACACUCACUACUGAGUUCCAAACUGCCUCUGGAAGCAACGUCAGCACAAUAACUGUUCAUCGGGAGCGUCAUGAAAUGGGUUUCCAUGGCCGAGCAGCAACACACAAGCCUAAGAUCACCAUGUGCAAUGCCAGGCGUCGGCUGGAGUGGUGUAAAGCUCGCCGCCAUUGGACUCUGGAGCAGUGGAAACUCGUUCUCUGGAGUGAUGAAUUAUGCUUCACCAUCUGGCAGUCCGACGGACUAAUCUGGGUUUGGCGGAUGCCAGGAGAACGCUACCUGCCCCAAUGCAUAGUGCCAACUGUAAAGUUUGGUGGAGGAUUAAUAAUGGUCUGGGGCUGUUUUUCAUGGUUCAGGCUUGGUCACUUAGUUUCAGUGGAGGGAAAUUUUAACGCUACAGCAUACAAUGACAUUCUAGACGAUUCUGUGCUUCCAACUUUGUGGCAACAGUUUGGGGAAGGCCCUUUCCUGUUUCAGCAUGACAAUGGCCACGUGCACAAAGCGAGAGCCAUAUAGAAAUGGUUUGUCAAGAUCAGUGUGGAAGACUGGCCUGCACAGUGCCCUGACCUCAACUCCAUCUAACAAGUUUGGGAUGAAUUGGAACGCCGACUGCGAGCCUUGGCCUAAUCGCCCAACAUCAGUGCCCGACCUCACUAAUGCUCUUGUGGCUGAAUGGAAGCAAGUCCCCUGCAGCAAUGUUCCAACAUCUAGUGGAAAGCCUUCCCAGAAGAGUGGAGGCUGUUAUAGCAGCAAAGGGGGAACCAACUCCGUGUUAAUGCCCCUGAUUUUGGAAUGAGAUGUUCGACGAGCAGGUGUCCACAUACUUUUGAUCAUGUCGUGUAUGUGACUCAGAGUUUUCCUCAGGAAUGUCUCAAAUCAGACUACUGCUGGUGAGACAGACACCGAGAGAAGUCUACAUUAUCUGGACAUUAAUUAGACCUUUAUUCUUCCUGAAAGAAAAAUAACACCUUUGUGAUGUCAAGAACAUACAGGAACAUUAACAUCACACACAGCAGCGUAACCAUCUCUGUGAUCUCUGUGAUCUCUAUUAUCUCUAUGAUCUCUGUGAUCUCUGGCCUUGUGUUCCUGAGGUGAAACAAAGCGGAGAGAUACAAUACAAUGCUUUCUCUGUCAUUUAUUUAGUCUGUCUUCCCUCAGUCAGGACUAAAGGAUGUGUUCAGUUUGUUUUCUUCUUCUAGGGAGUUUUAUUAGCCACUGUGCUUCUGCCUCUGCAUUGCUUCCUGUUUGGGGUCUUAGACUGGGUUUCUGUAUAAGCACUUUGUGACAACCGCUGAUGUAAAAAGGGCUUUAUAAAAUACAUUUGAUUGAUUGAUUGAUUGAUUGAUUGAUCUUCACCCGUGCAGAGGCUCACAAGUGUGAGUUGAGCUGUCAGUCCAAAGAGACCGGUGAGGUGGUGGUCAUGAACCAGGUGAUGCAUGAUGGGACGCGGUGCAGCUACACAGACCCCUUCAGUGUCUGCACCCGGGGGGAAUGUCUGGUAUGUACAGUAGGCUUAUAGACAUACCUCAACCGCGCAAGACCGCCGACGCUAUACCCGGAGCGGAUAAGCAUCGCGAGCAGACCGGAUCAGACCUCGAGCAUCGAGUCCGACCCAGGCGACGCCGAGAUCAGGAGACCGCUCGCAGCGAUACCUACCGGCUAGCAGACCGCGAGGAGAUACGACGAGCGAGACCGCGCUAGCGAUCAACCGCUAGCGAGACCGCUAGCAUACUAGCACCGCGCGAUCAUACCGCAGAGAACCUCCUAUACCGAGAUCAGACAUCGUCGAGAUACUAGAACCCUGUAUCGGCGACUAUACCUCUCUAUCCCUACCGAGACCGCGCUAGCGAGACCGCGCGAGCGAGACCGCGCAGAGCUAGACCGCGCGACGAACCGCAUCUAGACCUCUCCAGUCUAACCUCUCGAUCUAUACCUCUCUUAUCAACCUCUACUAGACCGCUCAACGAGUCUAGACCGCCAGACCGCGAGCUAUACCGUCGAGACCUUAUCGGGGACCGCUCAACUAGACCUCGAUCAACCGCGCUAGCGAGACCCGCGAGCAGAACCGCCGAUCGAGGACAGCGCUAGCGAGACCGCGUAGCGAGGACCGCGCUCGAACCCUCGAUCUGAGACCUCCUAUCGAGACCUCUCUAGCUAUACCUCUCGAUCUAUAACUGCCUCUGAUCACCGCUCUAUCUAUACCUCUCUAUCGAGACCGCUAGCAUACCUCUAUCUACCUAUCUAGACCGCGCUACGAGACCGCGCUAUCGAGACCCUGCUAGCGAUACCUCUCGCGAUCGAGACCGCUAUCGAGACCUCGCAGCUAUACCUCUAUCGAGACCUCGCUAAUAACCUUAGCAUCUAUCUAGACCUCUAUCUAUACCUUCCUACUAUACCUCGAUUGACCUCUCUAUCUAUACCUCUCUAUCUAGACCUCUCUAUCUAGACCUCUAUCUAGACCUCUCAGAUACUAUACCUCUCAUCUAUACUCUUAUCUAGACCUCCUAUAGAACGUCGAGCUAGACCAUACUCGAUCUAACCUAUUAGCUCUAAGACCGCGAGUCAGACCGCUAUCUAUACCGCUCGAUCGAACCUAGCGAGACGCAACCGCGAAGCGAGACAGCGAGCGAGAACCGCUAGCGAGACGGAGAGCAGACCGCGAACGAGACCGCGCGAGCGAAAACCGGAGCGAACCGGGGUAGCGAGACCAGUAGAGAGUAUAUCGAUAGCUUCAGAUACGAUCUAGAUCACCUCUAUAGUAUAACGAGAUCCGAUUAGACCUAAUUUAUAUAUCAUUUGAUAGAGUGAUAGCGAGACUUUAAACUCGGUAUGAUUAUCUCAGAUAGCUAGAUCGAUCCCUAUUCUGUGGUGCAUCUAUAUCUUCUCGCUCUAUAGCUUAGUAUAUCGAAUAGUGAUCCUUAUUUAUGAUCUGUUGACUUCGAUAUCUCUCUUAUAUAUGCUAGGACUCGUCUAUAAUACUCUAGCUCUUCGUUGAUCUAUAUCUCUCUACUUAGAUCUCUCUCUCUCUCUCUCUCUCUCUCUCUCUCUCUCUCUCUCUCUCUCCUCUCUCUCUCUCUCUCUCUCUCUCUCUCUUCUAUCUCUCUCUCUCUCUCUCUCUCUCGCUCUCUCUAUCUGUGCCUCUCUCUCUCUCUCUCUCUCUCUCUGUCUUUCCAUUAAGUCUACUUAAUGUUUUGGUUGUAGUUUAGAUACCAUAACAGACAUUUGCAUUUUCCAGUCCAGACCAAAACGUUUGUAGAUUGAGGGCCAGAUUCAACAUAUGUUAUGUCUCCCUUACCAAUCUGUGUCUUCGAUAGAUUGGUAUCACUUCUAUAGCAGAAGUCUGGAGAGUAGUGUUCCACUGCAAGUCAGACAGGCUAGAUGAAGCCUCCCCAGACUAAUCUCAGUCAGUGUAAAAGUCAGACAGCCUAGAUGGCGCCUCCCCUUGGUUGAUUGACUGACUGUGCCCUUCUCCCUCCCAGAAUGUGGGCUGCGACAAAGAGGUUGGCUCGUACAAACAAGAAGACAAGUGUGGAGUCUGUGGGGGGGACAACUCCCACUGUCGCACUGUUAAACUGACACUCACCAAGAUGCCAAAGAAAACAGGUAAACAUUAGACCAUCACCAGGGAGAAACCACAGUUCUGUUGAGAGCAUUAUGUUUUAUUUCAUUUGACUAUCAAUCAAUACUUGAUGAAUAGUUGUAUAGAAUAUGAUGAGAAAUAAAUAUUACAGCUUGAAAUCCCUAAGAUCCUCUCCUACAUUCUUAGAAAAAAAGGUGCUAAAAGGGUCCUUCGGCUGUCCCCAUAGGAGAACCUUUUGAAGAACCCUUUUAGGUUCCAGGUAUAACCCUUUUGAGUUCCAUGUAGAACCCUUUCCACACAGGGUUCUACAUGGAACUCAAAAGAGUUCUACCUGGAAACAAAAAGGGUUCUACCUGGAAACAAAAAGGGUUCUACCUGGAAACAAAAAGGGUUCUACCUGGAAACAAAAAGGGUUCUACCUGGAAUCAAAAAGUGUUCUCCUGUGGGGCCAGCUGAAGAACCCUUUUGGAACCCUUUUUUCUAAGAGUGUAAUGUGCAUAGCACUAUGUUAUCAAUUCCCAGUUGGUGACUCUUGACUCUUGAUAAGAGUCACCGGCAGGGGAAUUCACGACGCGACACACUACACUUAUUUUAUUUUACCCUGUAUUCACCCAGCUACAGCCCUUGACAUGUACACAGAUUAAACACAAACCACUGCUAUCACUGGUUCACACACAACAUUAUAAUUAGACACGGCACGUUUCUCCUCUAUUAUAGUCAAUAGGAGGCCUGGGGUUGUCUGGAUCAAGCGUCUCAGAGUAGGACUUUGGUCUUUUAGAUAACAAUGAAUAAGGUUACAUGGACGGGGGACGGGGGGGGGGGACGGGGGGACGGGGGGGGGGGGACGGGGGGACGGGGGGGGGACCUGAUCCUAGAUCAGUACUCCUACUCUGAGACGUAUGAUAGAUAUCGUCCCUGGUCUGUUGUUAUUCUGUGCCUCAUUGGAUUAACUCCCUGACCAAACCGGUUGUCUUGUUGUGUUGUCCUAUAGGCAUGCUGAAGAUGUUUGAUAUUGUCUUGUUGUGUUGUCCUAUAGGCAUGCUGAAGAUGUUUCAUAUUGUCUUGUUGUGUUGUCCUAUAGGCAUGCUGAAGAUGUUUCAUAUUGUCUUGUUGUGUUGUCCUAUAGGCAUGCUGAAGAUGUUUCAUAUUGUCUUGUUGUGUUGUCCUAUAGGCAUGCUGAAGAUGUUUCAUAUUGUCUUGUUGUGUUGUCCUAUAGGCAAGCUGAAGAUGUUUCAUAUUGUCUUGUUGUGUUGUCCUAUAGGCAUGCUGAAGAUGUUUCAUAUUGUCUUGUUGUGUUGUCCUAUAGGCAUGCUGAAGAUGUUUCAUAUUGUCUUGUUGUGUUGUCCUAUAGGCAUGCUGAAGAUGUUUCAUAUUGUCUUGUUGUGUUGUCCUAUAGGCAUGCUGAAGAUGUUUCAUAUUGUCUUGUUGUGUUGUCCUAUAGGCAUGCUGAAGAUGUUUCAUAUUGUCUUGUUGUGUUGUCCUAUAGGCAUGCUGAAGAUGUUUCAUAUUGUCUUGUUGUGUUGUCCUAUAGGCAUGCUGAAGAUGUUUGAUAUUCCGAUCGGUGCCCGGCACAUCGUUAUAGAGGAGAAUGAGACUUCCCCCCACAUAAUUGGUAAGUGUGUCUCGUCACAGCGGGAUAAAUGGGGAGGCACCAUAUACACCAAAAGUAUGUGGACACCCCUUCAAAUGAGUGGAUUCGGCUAUUUCAGCCACACCUGUUGCUGACAGGUGUAUAAAAUCGAGCACACAGCCAUGCAAUCUCAAUAGACAAACAUUGGCAGUAGAAUGGCCCGUACUGAAGAGCAAAGUGACUUUCAACGUGACACCGUCAUAGGAUGCCACUUUUCCAACAAGUCAGUUCGCUCAACUGUAAGUGCUGUUAUUGUGAAGUGGAAACGUCUAGGAGCAACAAUGGCUCAGCCACACAAGCUCACAGAAUGGGACCGCCUAGUGCUGAAGCGCAUAGCGUGUAAAAAUCGUCUGUCCUCGAUUGCAACUCUCACUACCGAGUUCCAAACUCCCGCUAGAAGCAACGUCAGCACAACAACUGUUCGUCGGGAGCGUCAUGAAAUGGGUUUCCAUGGCCAAGCAGCCGCACACAAGCCUAAAAUCACCAUGCGCAAUGCCAAGCGUCGGCUGGAGUGGUGUAAAGCUCGCUGCAAUUGGACUCUGGAGCAGUGGAAACAUGUUCUCUGGAGUGAUGAAUCACGCUUCACCAUCUGGCAGUCCGACGGACGAAUCUGGGUUUGGUGGAUGCCAGGAUAACGCUACCUGCCCCAAUGCAUAGUGCCAACUGUAAAGUUUGGUGACCUGAGCCCUAGGACCAUACGUCGGGACUACCGGCCGUGGUGACUCCUUGCUGUCCCCAGUCCGCCUGGCCUUGCUGCUAUUCCAGUUUCAACUGUUCUGCCUGCGGUUAUGGAACCCCUACCUGUCCCAGACCUGCUGUUUUCAACUCUUAAUGAUCGGCUAUGAAAAGCCAACUGAGAUUUAUUCCUGAUUAUUAUUUGACCAUGCUUGUCACUUAUGAACAUUUUUGAACAUCUUGGCAUGGUUCUGUUAUAAUCUCCACCCGGCACAGCCAGAAGAGGACUGGCCACCCCUCAUAGCCUGGUUCCUCUCUAGGUUUCUUCCUAGGUUUUCGCCUUUCUAGGGAGUUUUUCCUAGCCACCGUGCUUCUACACCUGCAUUACUAGCUGUUUGGGGUUUUAGGCUGGGUUUCUGUACAGCACUUCGAGAUAUUAGCUGAUCUAAGAAGGGCUAUAUAAAAUAAAAUUGAUUGAUUGAUUGAUUGAUUGGUGGAGGAGGAAUAAUGGUCUGGGGCUGUUUUUCAUGGUUCAGGCUAGGCCACUUAGUUUCAGUGAAGGGAAAUCGUAACACUACAGCAUACAAUGACAUUCUAGACGAUUCUGUGCUUCCAACUUUGUGGCAACAGUUUGGGGAAGGCCCUUUCCUGUUUCAGCAUGACAAUGCCCACGUGCACAAAGCGAGAGCCAUAUAGAAAUGGUUUGUCGAGAUCAGUGUGGAAGAACUUGACUGGCCUGUACAGAGCCCUGACCUCAACCCCUUCGAACACCUUUGGGAUGAAUUACAAUGCCGACUGCGAGUCAGGCUUAAUCGCCCAUCAUCAGUGCCCGACCUCACUAAUGCUCUUGUGGCUGAAUGGAAGCAAGUCCCCUGCAGCAAUGUUCCAACAUCUAGUGGAAAGCCUUCCCAGAAGAGUGGAGGCUGUUAUAGCAGCAAAGGGGGGGGACCAACUCCAUAUUAAUGCCCAUGAUUUUGGAAUGAGAUGUUCGACUAGCUUUUGGUCAAGUAGUGUACAUUUACGGUAGGGACAUCCGCAGAGCAUGACUGCAGAACACACACACAUACACACACACACACACACACACACACACACACACACACACACACACACACACACACACACACACACCCACACACACACAUUUACAGUUUGAGCGUCAGCAGUGUGACUGCAGACCAUUUGACUGUCACCAAUUAGUCUUUGUAGAGUUGUAUCCUGUAAGUAACGCUGACCAGCCAUGGACGAGACAUGAGGUACUUUCUCUCCCCCUUUUUAAAAUGCAGAUCACAUCUAGCAGGGCCCACAGGGUAUGGUGGCUGUGUGUGUGUAUGUGCACAGAGCUUAUCUAACAUAACGUAGAGACGGAGAAUGAACAGGAGAGUAGACUGAGCACAUGGGUGGGGCAGCAGAUGAAGAGGAGGCGGUCACAGCCUGGUGCUGCACAGCGCUAGGCAUAAUACCACAUGGUACGUCUGAUCACUGCCUCAUUCAUGUCAAUGCAAACUAAUGGUAAUGGCCAGCCUAUUUAUGCAGAACCUCUUAGCCUCUUAAUUGCAACUGGGAAAUCAACCAGGAUCCAUAUGAACAGUAGUCCAAUCCAUAUGGCCUUAAACUGUAAACCUAACAAGUGUCUUUACCUUCAGUUUUCUGCUGGGAAUACCAGGGUAUGUAUCACAGACUGUCUGAAUAAUGAUGCUGGAAAUGGUCUUGAAUACAUUUCCUCCUACGGUCCUUUGAAUACACUUCAAUGGUUCUUUGAAUACAUUUCCUGUAGCUCAGUUGGUAGAGCAUGGCGCUUGCAACGCCAGGGUUGUGGGUUCGAUUCCCACGGGGGGCCAGUAUGAAAAAUGUAUGCACUCACUAACUGUAAGUCGCUCUGGAUAAGAGCGUCUGCUAAAUGACUAAAAUGUAAAUGUGAAUUUCAAUGUUACAUUAGUUUGCAAAAAAUAAAUGUAAGCAAUUUGCUCGUGAUAAUCUCAGCUGUGAAUCAGGUCCUAUGUGAGGUGAGUGUGACUUAGUGUACUGCUGAGACACACCUGUAAAACACAUUAUAGCUCCAACCUCAGAUGUGCGUCAAGGUCCAGACGUACGUGUGUGUUACAGGCUUUGGUUUGGUUUUGGAUUUCGAAGUUGGUUCUAUUUAGGUGUGGACGCGCACUGAUUGGAAUCAUCCUUGUUGGUCAGGGUGUGUUGACCUGUCACCUCGUUGGUCAGGGUGUGUUGACCUGUCACCUCAUUGGUCAGGGUGUGUUGACCUGUCACCUCGUUGGUCAGGGUGUGUUGACCUGUCACCUCGUUGGUCAGGGUGUGUUGACCUGUCACCUCAUUGGUCAGGGUGUGUUGACCUGUCACCUCAUUGGUCAGGGUGUGUUGACCUGUCACCUCGUUGGUCAGUCGUUAGUUUCACAUGUGCUGGCACAGCUGUAGCUCAAUUGGUAGAGCAUGGCGCUUGUAACGCCAGGGUAGUGAGUUCGAUCCCCGGGACCACCCAUACGUAAAAAUGUAUGCACACAUGACUGUAAGUCGCUUUGGAUAAAAGCGUCUGCUAAAUGGCAUAUUAUUAUUAUUAUUAUUAUUAUUAUUAUUAUUAUUAUUAAAGCUGCGGUGCCAAUGCUCCAGCAACAUAAGAGAUGUUGGAUGCUGCACCUCUUUGUAGUGCUGCUUCUUUAAGUUGAUAAACAAAGCCUUUCUGUCCUGGGUUUGGUUUGGUUUGGUUUGGUUUGGCCUGGUUUGGUUUGGUUUGGUCCACUUCUGUUUUACUCCAUGUUAUAGGUUGGUGUGGGUUUUUAUUUUGGUUUGCCUUUUCUGGGGGCGUUUAGUGGCCACUCACGGUUGGUGUCUUUUAGGACCCAGUUUGUUGUUGCUAGUCAACAUUCAGUGGACACCCCCAUGAGUGUCUUUGAGAACCCAUUUUAAACCCCCACUUGUUUAGUUGUACUUGUCCGUGGCUCAUUUGUUAGUACCCUUUUCUGUUGAGCGACAGUAUUUUUUGUUGUUUCUUGAUGGGAACCUAACGUGUGUGUGUGUGUGUGUGUGUGUGUGUGUGUGUGUGUGUGUGUGUGUGUGUGUGUAUGUGUGACUCCCCAGGUACACAAUAGCUCUCUGUGUGUGAGCGGCUCAGCUGGAGUCAGUAUCACCUUGGUUACCAGCCAAAUCCUUCUCUCUCUCUCCCUCUCUAGGAUCUAUUAUCUAACAGGGAGAUGGUGAGACGAGGCUUUAGCAUUAAAGCAACAAUCUGCCAUUUUGAAUUUCAAUGAUGUAUUCCAUACACAUAUGUCUUUAUUUGAAAUGACCACUGAACUUAGUAACUAUCGCAGAUUGGACCUUUUAUACAGGCCUGACACAAUGUCAAAUAAUGGCUGCAAACUUCUAUCAUUGCUCUGCUCUCUCAGUAAGAAUUUGAAUCUCAUUACUGUUAUAGAAAAGUUAGAUUUUACUUGAAUUGAAUGCAAUGGCAGGUAGCCUAGUUGUGCUUCCAAUGAAAGACGAUUGUCAUGGAAUUCUAGUUGAAUACACACACAGACACACACAUAAACAGGGUUGGAACAGUGGGUCACCCCCUUCUGUAUACCCUGUUUCUGCUGUGCUGGUUCUCUCAGACUAUCCAACGGAUGAAAACACAUUGUGAAUCAGACGGUUUCCCUGUGUUCCACAGCUGUUAAGAAUCAAGUCACUGGCAGCUUCAUAUUGAAUGCAAAAGGCGAAGGUGCCAUGUCCAAAACCUUCAUCGAGAGCGGUUUGGAGUGGGAGUACGUCUUUGGAAGCGGCGAGAAAGAAACCCUGAAAACAAUCGGCCCCCUUCAUGAGGGCAUUGUUGUCCUGGUAAGAAGAAGAAACCUAUGAAUCCAGUAAGACACACACACACACACACACACACACACACACACACACACACAUACAGGCUGAAUUUUGCUGAACAAGUGGCAGUUGGGAUGCAAGUGUGCAUUGCCUCAAUUCUAAUUUUACCCAAAACAGGCAGACCCAAAUGAUCACUGUUGAACACAGCAGCAUGUGGUCAGUAGAUAAAGGGCUCAGUGCCCAAAGGGUUCACUUUGAGAUUCAGCCACACUCCAGUCAGUCCUCUAGAAAGACAGUGGAGCACCCUCACUGUGAUAUGAAUCACCUUUGAUUGUCCACUAGUGCUGAGUGAUUAGUGCUUUUCUAGGUCGGUUUGGUUUCGGUUCGAUUAUGAAAAACAUUAUCAUGGUUUUCGGUUUUCGAUAACAAUUAAAUGCAUUAUGAAAUAAUGACAAACAUUAAUGACAAACAGCUUUUUAACGGAAAUUUACAAAAGCCAAAAAUAGUGAAAAUGUAAUUGCCAAAGCAUUAAAAAUAUUCCAUUGUCUAUGUCAGGUCCACAUUGGGUAGACAUCAAUAGAAAAAUAGUAAAUUACUAUGAAAUAAUAAAAUAUUCAGUUGUCUGUUACAUCGUUUUAUUUGAUGACUUUAUUAUUUUUAAUUCCUUAAAGUUAUCAUCUCAUCUCUGCUCAGGCUGUAGCAGCCAGUCAGCCAGACAACAUUAUGUCUGUGCUCCCCAUACUGCACUGUCUUUAGUCAUCCUAUUUAGCUAGACUAGCCUGCCUAAGUACUGUCGUGGUCAAAAGUUUUGAGAAUGACAUAAAUAUUAAUUUUCACAAAGUCUGCUGCCUCAGUUUUUAUGAUGGCAAUUUGCUCCAUAUACUCCAGAAUGUCAUGAAGAGUGAUCAGAUGAAUUGCAAUUAAUUGCAAAGUCCCUCUUUGCCAUGAAAAUGAACUUAAUCCCCAAAAAACAUUUCCACUGCAUUUCAGCCCUGCCACAAAAGGACCAGCUGACAUCAUGUCAGUGAUUCUCUCGUUAACACAGGUGAGAGUGUUGACGAGGACAAGGCUGGAGAUCACUGUCAUGCUGAUUGAGUUAGAAUAACAGACCGGAAGCUUUAAAAGGAGGGUGGUGCUUGAAAUCAUUGUUCUUCCUCUGUUAACCAUGGUUACCUGCAAGGAAACACAUGCCGUCAUCAUUGCUUUGCACAAAAAGGGCUUCACAGGCAAGGAUAUUGCUGCUAGUAAGAUUGCACCUAAAUCAACCAUUUAUCGGAUCAUCAAGAACUUCAAGGAGAGAGGUUCAAUUGUUGUGAAGAAGGCUACAGGGCGCCCAAGAAAGUCCAGCAUGCGCCAGGACCGUCUCCUAAAGUUGAUUCAGCUGCGGGAUCGGGGCACCACCAGUGCAGAGCUUGCUCAGGAAUGGCAGCAGGCCGGUGUGAGUGCAUCUGCACGCACAGUGAGGCGAAGACUUUUGGAGGAUGGCCUGGUGUCAAGAAUGGCAGCGAGGAAGCCACUUCUCUCCAGGAAAAACAUCAGGGACAGACUGAUAUUCUGCAAAAGGUACAGGGAUUGGACUGCUGAGGACUGGGGUAAAGUCAUUUUCUCUGAUGAAUCCCCUUUCCGAUUGUUUGGGGCAUCCGGAAAACACCUUGUCCGGAGAAGACAAGGUGAGCGCUACCAUCAGUCCUGUGUCAUGCCAACAGUAAAGCAUCCUGAGACCAUUCAUGUGUGGGGUUGCUUCUCAGCCAAGGGAGUGGGAUCACUCACAAUUUUGCCUAAGAACACAGCCAUGAAUAAAGAAUGGUACCAACACAUCCUCCGAGAGCAACUUCUCCCAACCAUCCAAGAACAGUUUGGUGACGAACAAUGCCUUUUGCAGCAUGAUGGAGCACCUUGCCAUAAGGCAAAAGUGAUAACUAAGUGGCUCGGGGGAACAAAACAUCGACAUUUUGGGUCCAUGGCCAAGAAACUCCCCAGACCUUAAUCCCAUUGAGAACUUGUGGUCAAUCCUCAAGAGGCGGGUGGACAAACAAAAACCCACAAACUCCAAGCAUUGAUUAUGCAAGAAUGGGCUGCCAUCAGUCAGGAUGUGGCCCAGAAGUUAAUUGACAGCAUGCCAGGGCGGAUUGCAGAGGUCUUGAAAAAGAAGGGUCAACACUGCAAAUAUUGACUCUUUGCAUAAACUUAAUGUAAUUGUCAAUGCUUGUAAUUAUACUUCAGUAUACCAUAGUAACAUCUGACAAAAAUAUCUAAAAACACUGAAGCAGCAAACUUUGUGAAGACCAAUACUUGUGUCAUUCUCAGAACUUUUGAAAACGACUGUAUGCUGCAGAGCUGUAUGCUGCAGGGCUGUAUGCUGCAGAGCUGUAUGCUGCAGAGCUGUAUGCUGCAGGGCUGUAUGCUGCAGGGCUGUAUGCUGCAGGGCUGUAUGCUGCAGAGCUGUAUGCUGCAGAGCUGUAUGCUGCAGAGCUGUCUAAUAAAAUAAUUGUACUACUUCUUCAAAGUAGAUAACGCAUACCUUCACGAACUGUCUCCGUCCCUCUCUCUCAUCUUUGUGUUGUGUACAUUCCUCUCUCAUGCGGUCUGUGUGUAUCUAACCUAUAGCAGGCGUAAAAGUGUAUCCAUCUCUGCCGCAAUGGAUUAUGGUCAUUGUAGUUAAUUACCACGUUUCUGCGCUGAACUAGGUUGAAUAUUUGCUUAAUGAAAACUACAACUCCCUUCAGCCCAUCUUCCCACAUAGUCCUCGAGUUGAUUUCUCUCGUGAAUGAUUUGAUUUCUCUCUAGAGAAAAAUGGAAUUACAAUUAAUUGAACCGACGUUGGUCAGUUAGUUGUUUAAUAACCGAAAUGUUGGUGAAUUGCUCAGCACUAUUGUCCACAGUGUGUGUGUGGUUUUACUGUCCAGGUGGGGACCGAAAGUCCUUACAAAGAUGGUAAAACAAGGAACAUUCAGACAAGUGGGGACAUUUCUCUGAUCCCCUCAAGGACAAAGGCUAUUUUAGGCUUUGGGGUUAGGUUUAGGGUUAGCGUUACAAUUAGGGUUAAGUUUAGGGUUAGGAUUACAAUUAGGGUUAAGUUUAGGGUUAGGAUUACAAUUAGGGUUAAGUUUAGGGUUAGGAUUACAAUUAGGGUUAAGUUUAGGGUUAGGAUUUGGGGUUACGGUUAAGGUUAGGCUUAGGUUAAGGGUUAGGUUUAGGGGUUAGGGAAAAUAGGAUUUUGAAUGAGAAUCAAUUGUUUAUCUCGCUCUCUCUCUCUCUCUCUCUCUCUCUCUCUCUCUCUCUCUCUCUCUCUCUCUCUCUCUCUCUCUCUCUCUCUCUCUCUUUCUCCCUGUCCUCUUCUAGGUCAUUCCCCAGGAGGAGGACACUAAGAUCAGUCUGACAUAUAAGUACAUCAUCCAUGAGGACCUGCUGCCGGUCAUCACCAAUAACAACGUUCUCCUGGCCGAGCUGGAUACCUACGAAUGGGCCCUGAAGAGCUGGUCGCAGUGCUCCAAACCCUGUGGGGGAGGUGUGUGUGUGGAGCGGCUCUUUAGACCAGAUGGAUUCUCUCUCUAGGUUCUUUUUUAGAACAAUCUCACCUGCUACAGAAAGGUCCCUGCUGGUUCACCUGUCAAUCAUGGUUGUUUCCUUUUGUGCCUGGCCUGCCAAGUACCCCUGCUGUGGGUUGGUGCUAUUUUCACAACCUGGCAACCUGCUGUGAGUUGGUGCAAUUUUACCCAACCUGGCAACCUGCUGUGGGUUGGUGCAGAGAAGAGCCUAGAUAUCCUCAGGGCAUGUUGCUCAGGGGUCUCUGACACGUUCAGUUAUUCAGAUGGUUUUUCCUACCCUGUUGCUCUGUCUUAUUGUGUGUGUGUGUGUGUGUGUGUGUGUGUGUGUGUGUGUGUGUGUGUGUGUGUGUGUGCUCUCUCCAGUGUUAGUUCUUAUAGCCACCAGCAUUUUCUUUCUGCCAAAUGAUUUACAGUAUAAUUGAGAAACGGUUAUGUUUUAUCAGCCGCUCCAACAGAUUGUCCUUCCUGUCUGGCAGGUAUACAGUACACCAAAUACGGCUGCAGGAGGAAGAGCGACAGUCGACUGGUGCACCGGAACUUCUGCGAAACCAGCAAGAAGCCCAAACCCAUCCGGAAACGGUGCAACGUGAACGAGUGCAGCCAGCCAACGUGAGUUCCUCUCCCCAUCACUCUCUCCUCUAUCCUUUCUCUCCAUGUCCGAACCCAUGUGGAUAGCAAAGCAACCAUUUCAUCAUCAUCAUCAGCAUCAUCCCUCUAAGAGACACUCCCUCUCAAAGAGGGACUGAAGCUAAUGCACUCUGUCUGUCUGACUAACCUAGUUAUUCCCAGUAGUGGACAGAUUGAAUACUGAGAUAAUAACCUUCUAUUCCCAGUAGUGGACAGAUUGAAUAAUGAAAUAAUUCCCUCCCUCCCUCCCCCCUUCCCUCCCUCCCUCCCUCCCCCCCCUCCCCCCUCCCUCCCUCCCUCCCUCCCUCCCCCCUUCCCUCUCUCCCCCUCCCUCCCUCCCUCCCUCCCUCCCUGCCUCCAUCCCCCCCUCCCUGCCUCCAUCCCCCCCCUCCCUCCCUCUCUCCCCCCUCCCCCCCCUCUCCCCCUCUCCCCCUCCCUCCCCCCUCCCUCUCUCCCCCCCCCCCCCUCUCUCCCCCCCCUCCCUCCCUCCCUCCCUCCCUCCCUCCCCCCUUCCCUCCCUCUCUCCCUCUCCCUCCCCCCCCCCCCCCUCCCCCUCUCUCUCCCUCCUCUCCCAGGUGGUUGGUAGAGGAGUGGAGCCCGUGCAGUAAGACGUGCGGGAAGCUUGGCUACCAGUCCAGGGUAGUUCAGUGUAUGCAGGCCCUCCACAACGGCACCAACCGGACGGUCCACACUAAGUACUGUACAGAGGACAGGCCUGAGACGAGGAAGGUCUGUAACCCCUCUGCCUGCCCUGCGCAGUGGAGGACAGGGGCCUGGUCACAGGUGGGUCCCAGCAUGGAGCUUCGCCACAGAGCAUACUCUAGACAAGGGCCUGGUCACAGGGGGGUCCCAGCAUGGAGCUCCGCCACAGAGCAUACUCUAGACAAGGGCUUGGUCACAGGUGGGUCCCAUCAAGGGCCUGGUCACAGGGGGGUCCCAGCAUGGAGCUCCGCCACAGAGCCUACAGUACAGACAGUGUCCUGGUUAUGGAGCUCAGCCACAGAGCAUACUCUAGACGGGCCUGUUCUCAUGGAGCUCUGUCACACAGCUUACAGUACUACUUAUCAGGGUUGGGGUCAACUCCAUUUCAAUUCAAUCAAUGCUGGAAUUGGAAUUUCUGUUAACUAAAAUAGAAUUUAAGUUUUCUUUGUGAAUUGACUGAAUUGAAUUGGAAUGAACCUCAACCCUGGUAUGGAACAUCCUCCAGUCACCACACACUGAAGGACGUGAAGAGGAUGGUUAGCGUAUCCGGACCCCUCUAGCAGUCGUAUUUUCGAAUUUAAACACUUUUUCCUGUGUUGUUUACCAGGUUUCCUGGAAAGGGAAGUUGCUCGAUCGAUUUGUUUUAGAAAUUGUGCUAGCUAACUGUUCCAGGGAUUUCAGAGUUGUUUCUAAGAACUGUGAACAGCCAGCCGCUUUGAGACUCGUCUGACCUGUUUCCUCUCUGUGUCUCUCCGUGUGGCCCCACAGUGUUCAGUAAGGUGUGGAGAGGGGAUUCAACAGAGACAGGUUGUCUGACCUGUUUCCUCUCUGUGUCUCUCUGUGUGACCCCACAGUGUUCAGUAAGGUGUGGAGAGGGGAUUCAACAGAGACAGGUUGUGUGUCGAGCCACAGACAACACCAUCGGCCAGUGUGAGGGAGACAAGCCUGAAACUGUCCUCAUCUGUAAACUGAGCCCGUGUCCAGGUACAGUACACACACACACACACACACACACACACACACACACACAUGCGCGCAUACAGAUAUAAGCCAAUGGUGUGUAAGAACUGUUCCCUCCUGCUGUCCCUAUAAGUGUCUCAGGACACCUUUGUAGCACUGUGUGUGUGUGUGUGUGUGUGUGUGUGUGUGUGUGUGUGUGUGUGUGUGUGUGUAUGUCUAUAAAUGCUUCUGAACAGUUGGGAAAGUCAAUAGAAUCCGACCCUCUUCUUCUCCAUAAUACCUGGGGGGGAAAUUGGGGGAAUUGAGCUUUGUACCCGGUUAUGUUUUCUGAGGAGUGACUUCCAGGAGGUGAAACACAUUUAGGGACUCCUUUAUGAAGUCUUAGAAAGCUAUGAUUACCUGCCAUGUUGGAACACUGCUGUGUUGGGGACACAUGGACACAUGGACACAUGGACAUCAGUAACCAACAAUACACAUCCUACACACACACCUCACCAUGGGGGAACCACUAGCCAACACUACACAAACCUCACCAUGGGGGAACCAGUAGCCAACACUAUACACCUCACCAUGGGGGAACCAGUAGCCAACAAUAUACACCUCACCAUGGGGGAACCAGUAGCCAACACUAUACACCUCACCAUGGGGGAACCAGUAGCCAACACUAUACACCUCACCAUGGGGGAACCAGUAGCCAACACUAUACACCUCACCAUGGGGGAACCAGUAGCCAACACUACACAAACCUCACCAUGGGGGAACCAGUAGCCAACACUAUACACCUCACCAUGGGGGAACCAGUAGCCAACAAUAUACACCUCACCAUGGGGGAACCAGUAGCCAACUAACCCCAUGGGGAACCAUACCAACUAUACACCUCACCAUGGGGGAACCAGUAGCCAACACUAUACACCUCACCAUGGGGGAACCAGUAGCCAACACUAUACACCUCACCAUGGGGGAACCAGUAGCCAACACUAUACACCUCACCAUGGGGGAACCAGUAGCCAACACUAUACAACCUCACCAUGGGGGAACCAGUAGCCAACACUAUACACCUCACCAUGGGGGAACCAGUAGCCAACAAUAUACACCUCACCAUGGGGGAACCAGUAGCCAACACUAUACACCUCACCAUGGGGGAACCAGUAGCCAACACUAUACACCUCACCAUGGGGGAACCAGUAGCCAACACUAUACACCUCACCAUGGGGGAACCAGUAGCCAACACUAUACACCUCACCAUGGGGGAACCAGUAGCCAACACUAUACACCUCACCAUGGGGGAACCAGUAGCCAACACUAUACACCUCACCAUGGGGGAACCAGUAGCCAACACUAUACACCUCACCAUGGGGGAACCAGUAGCCAACACUAUACACCUCACCAUGGGGGAACCAGUAGCCAACACUAUACACCUCACCAUGGGGGAACCAGUAGCCAACAGUAUACACCUCACCAUGGGGGAACCAGUAGCCAACACUAUACACCUCACCAUGGGGGAACCAGUAGCCAACACUAUACACCUCACCAUGGGGGAACCAGUAGCCAACACUAUACACCUCACCAUGGGGGAACCAGUAGCCAACACUAUACACCUCACCAUGGGGGAACCAGUAGCCUAAAUGUCCUAUUUUCACACAAAACAUGGUCUCACACAAAACAACAAAUUGUUGGUGUGGCCUCAUAAUGCUUUCUCUCAAAGGGCCAAGGAGGACCAGGGUGGGGAGAUCUGUGUCUCUGUCUGUGUGUGUGUGUGUGUGUGUGUGUGUGUGUGUGUGUGUGUGUGUGUGUGUGUGUGUGUGUGUGUGUGUGUGUGUGUGUGUGUGUGUCUGUGUCUCUGUCUGUCUGUGUGUGUGUGUGUGUGUGUGUGUGUCUCUGUAGUAUUCCAAAGGCGCUCUACAGAGGAGGAUGAAAGGGGAGUUGUCCAAACAUGAAUGGGAGACAUUCAGGAGAGGAGAGCAACAGGGGUUCUUAAGAGCUAUGAUUACCUGGGGAGUUAGGAACAGAUGGCGCCUUGUGUUGUUGCUUUGUGUGAGACCAUGUUUAUGUCACAUUAGGACACAGGCUACUGGUUCCCUUGUUGUAUUGUUGGUUACUGACGUCCCGUGCGAAGCGUAGCUGGGUCAUGCAGCAAGACAAUGAUCCAAAACACACAAUCAAGUCUACAUGAAAAUGGCAACAAAAAAAACUACACAUUUGAAGUUUUGGAAUAGCCUAGUCAAAGUCCAGACCUAAUCCCAAUUGAGAUGUUGUGGCAGGACGACUUGAAACAAGCAGUUCAUGCUUGAAAACCCAUAAACUUUGCUGAGUUAAAGCAGUUCUGCAUGCAAAAGUGGGCCAGAAUUCCUCCACAGCGAUGUGAGAGACUGAUCAACAAGUACAGUAAGCAUUUGGUUGCAGUCAUUGCAGCUAAUGGUGACACAACCAGUUAUUGAGGGGGCAAUUACUUUUUCACACAGGGGAAUGGGUGUUGCAUAACUUUGUUAAUAAAAUAAAUAAAAUAAGUAUCAAUUUUUUUGUUAUUUGUAAACUCAGGUUCCCUUUAUCUAAUAUGAGGUUUUGGUUGAAGAUCUGAUAACGUUCAGUAUCAAAAAUAUACAAACACAGAGAAAAUCAAAAAGGGGGGAAAUAUUUUUUCACGGCCCUGUAUAUAUAUAUACAAACAGACUAAAUAUACCAAAUAUUUAACUAAAUAAAGGAUUUUAGAAAUUCUUCCGUGACCCCAUUUUCAUAUCAGCCGACCCCUAGUUCGGGAGCCGCUGCCAUAGAAAAUCCCUUUUUGGUGCUAUAUGUAACCUUUCUUUUGAAGGUACUAUAAAGAACCAUGCUCAAGGUUCUAAAUAGAACAUUUAUGGUGCUAAUGUUCUAUGAAGAACCAUUAAUAAAAGGUUAUAUAUAUAGCAUCAAAAAAGGGUUCCACUAUGGUUACAACCCUUUUCUUAUGGUUCUUUAUAGAACCUUUAUGGAGAAUGGUUCUAUAAAGAACCUUUGUCAAUCUGAAAGGUUCUUCGUAGAUCCUUUUGAAGAACCAUACAGGGUUUUUUAUUCUGGUCAGCCAUAUUAUAUUGUUAAAACUCCAUAGGUGUUAUUAUUGUGUUCAUUGACAAGUUGAAUCAAGUGAGCUACCUCUAGAACAGCUGAGGGUCCCUGAGGAGAGAAGUGAGACCCAAUGACUGAUUUUAGUCAUCUGUUCUCAAUUGACACAAGGCCAUACAUGACUUUUUCACAAGACACCAUCACUGGCCAUUGUCAUAUAUAAUAUAUAAUGGCAUAACACAACAGAUUAGAUAUCCUGACAUGACACUCUCACUCACGGUUGCACAAAAAGAGCUGUGAACAAACCACGCCUCAAAAUAUUUUAAUGAGCCGCCUCCCCUACAUUUUAAUGAUCACUAAAAGAGGAAAUAACCAUUUUCUGAACUGCAAAUAACCAUUAAAGAGAUGGAAGGGCUAUGUGAGUCAUUAUGGUUCCACAUAGAACCAGUAGUGGAAAAAGUUGUCAUACUUGAGUAAAAGUAAAGAUACCUUAAUAGAAAAUGACUCAAGUAAAAGUGAAAGACACCCAGUUAAAUACUACUUGAGUAAAAGUCUAAAAGUAUUUGUUUUUAAAUAUACAUAAGUAUCAAAAGUAAAUGUAAUUGCUAAAAUAUACUUAAGUAUCAAAGUAAAAGUAUAAAUCAUUUCAAAUACCUUAUAUUAAGCAAAGCAGACGGCACCAUUUUCUUGUUUUUAACAUUUACGGAUAGCCAGGAGCACACUCCAACAUUUACAAACAAUGCAUGUUUGUUUAGUGAGUCCGCCAGAUCAGAGGCAGUAGGGAUGACCACGUGUUCUCUUGAUAAGUGCGGGAAUUUGACCAUUUUCCUGUCCUGCUAAGCUUUCAAAAUCUAACGAGUACUUUUGGGUGUCAGGGAAAAUGUAUGGAGUAAAAAGUACAUUAUUUUAUUUAGGAAUGUAGUGAAGUAAAAGUACUUUACCAUUUAUAUUUUUGACUAAAGUACAAAUACUCAAAAAAACUACCUAAAAGUAUGUUUACACCACUGUUGGUAAUAUACAGGUUACUGCCAAAAUAAAGGAAACACUUGAGUAAAUGAGGGAUACAAAGUAUAUUGAAAGCAGGUGCUUCCACAUACGGUAGGUGUGAUUCCUGAGUUAUUUAAACAAUUAACAUCCCAUCAUGCUUAGGGUCAUGUAUAAAAAUGCUGUGAACGCCAUUAUUUUGGCUACCAUGGCCAAUCACAAUGAUUGGUGAUUGACAGGUCUGAAGGCCAUUCAAGGUUGAGAAGGCCAGCCUAUUUUACAGCCGCCCCUGGAUUUCCUGUGGAAAUCCACACAACUACUUAAGUAGUACUUUAAAGUAUUUUUACUUAAGUACUUUACAUCACUGCAUAGAACCACCACCCCUUCCCAAAGUAACUUUCCCAAAAUGUCCAGGAUGUCCAGAAAUCCCAGUUGGUACAUUACUAGAACAAGGAAGGAAAAAGCAGGAAAUCUGGAAUCCUCCAACCUGGAUUUCUGGAAAACCAAUGAAAACCUGAAAGUCCCACCAUGUAAUAAUCUGUAAAGUUUGCCCUCUCUCAUCUUCUGGUAAAAACAGGACAGUCAUCGCUGCCCCCUUUCAAUAUAGAAGCGAUGGAGAAUUCAACGACAAAGACGGAGGGUGUACAUCAGAUUGUUCCUGAGAAUCCCGUCCACAAAAUCUCCUCCAGUAAGUGAGCAUGGGAUGCUUCUAUUGUAUUUUAUUGGAUACUAGUCUAUUUUAUUCUUAGCGGCUUACCAUUUUAAACAUCUGAUUGUUCCUUGACUAGCACCAUUUAUUGUUGCUGUCGAUAAUUCUAAUGUUAUAACUUCUAAUAGUAACUGUAUCCACUGGUUAAAUGGGAGAGAGUGAGGUGGUCGCCAUCUUAGAGUCAACCAUUCUUUUGCAGUAGUGCUGCCUGCCAGCAGUAAUCUUCUCUGAUUGAGCGAUUCAAGGGGCUAUCAUCGUUGCGUAACAUAAUAGAUGGAAAGCAUUGAAUAUUUAAAUUCACGUACUUCGAAUAUAUAUAUAUAUUUUUCAUUGCCCAAAAGCAUUUAACUGCAGGGCACUCCCACAUCAUAUGAAUGAAUGUGUCUACCUGAUUUAGGGGACACAGUGAACAGUUGGGAGUUGGGGCCAAUUUCAUCAUAAAACGGUGAAAGUCUGUGAAUAAACUUAACAUGUAUAAGUUGGUGGUUUGGAUUACGGAAUGCCAAGGUCAUAUUUUUCCAUAUUCUGUUCCAGUUAAAGGGUGGUUCAGAUUCAGUUAGAUCUGUGGACCAUACUUUUUUUAAUGGCUAGCUCAGAAUAUGAGCUUUCCAAAAGUUGUUUAUAUAUUAUAGAGAUCAGUCCUUUCAAGAGCCCAGAUCAUUUAUUUAUAAAUCCCAUCGUUGGAUGUUUCGGCAGUUGGGUUUCCCAAGGGACUCCAUAGGCCAGCAUAGUUGUAAAUAUAUUUACAAAACAUGUUGCCUUGGAAUGUUCUCAAACCAUUAAUGUCCAUGGUAUCGGUAAGGGUACGGAUUCCACAUUUGGACCAUUGGGGGUCAAAAGGUCGCCCUCCAGAUUUGCAAGGCAUUAUUAUGAAAUAUUGGAGUAUGGACAUGCCAUUUUGAUUCCCAGUUACAUUGUUUUUCAAAUAGAAAUUGUGCGAGCAAUAAUAGGACUAAAACAUAGUUGACAUUGUUUAAAGGGAUAUAUCAGUGAAGACCACCUCUUCCAGGGCAAUAGGAGACAGGGUGGAGAAGAAUCAUGUCUAAACCAAUUUUGGAUGGGGUGAAAUGCUAGUGCCUGGAAAUACCACUUAAGCUCUGGUACAGGUAGUCCUCCUACAUAUUUCCCUCUUUGUAAAUGUGUUAAUUUUAUCCGGGAUCGUUCACCUUGCCGUGUACAUUUUUAAACCAUACUAUGACUUUCUGCCCAAUAGCCAGAGCCAUGGGAAGCAUUGAACUACAGAAAUUCAGCCACAAAUGGGAUAUUAUUCCAUUUACUGAGGUCGGAUUUAAUUGAUUUGAGCAUUCUGUUAAAGUUUCUGGCAAUGGUUUUAUCUAAAGAAUGAACUACACUGUGUAUACAAACCAUUAGGAACACCUGCUCUUUCCAUGACAUAGACUGACCAGGUAAAUCCAGGUGAAAGCUAUGACCCCUUAUUGAUGUCACUUGUUAAAUCCACUUCAAUCAGUGUAGAUGAAGGGGAGGAGACAGGUUAAAGAAGGAUUUUUAAGCCUUGAGACAAUUGAGACAUGGAUUGUGUAUGUGUGCCAUUCAGAGGGUGAAUGGGCAAGACAAAAGAUUUGAGUGCCAUUAAACAGGGUAUGGUAGUAGGUGCUGGGCACACUGGUUUGAGUGUGUCAAGAACUGCAACGCUGCUGGGUUUUUCACGCUCAACAGUUUCCCGUGUGUAUCAAGAAUGGUCCACCACCCAAAGGACAUCCAGCUAACUUGACAUAACUGUGGGAAGCAUUGGAGUCAAGACGGGCCAGCAUCCCUGUGGAACGCUUUUGACACCUUGUAGAUUCCAUACCCCGUCGAAUUGAGGCUGUUCUGAGGGCAAAAGGGGGUGAAACUCAGUAUUAGGAAGGUGUUCUAUGCCCUUUUGAGUUCAUAGAGAGAUUUGGGCUCGCAGCGAGGUGGCUUCCUCUGUUGAGAGAAGAGGCGUUCUUUAUUCUUUUUAGAAAGGACUUAGUCUGACUUGGUGUGGAUUUACAAUCGGAGGUGUACCGUUCUUUAUAAAAGCAGGAGAAUCUUUGAUUGAUUAAUUCGGGUUCUGAUAGUAAUUCCCCUGUUUCAGUUUUAAUAGUUGCUGUAUCAGCUAAUUGAUCGUUACUGCGUAGCUCGUUGGCCAGUAAACAACGGGACCAUGGAAGUAAUGGUUGCCUUACUCGAUGGAUCGCAAAUUCUGCUCUCUGUCUUGUCAAUAAAUUAACUUCUGUCUUAUAUCAUAAUAUGCCAUUUAGCAGACGCUUUUAUCCAAAGCGACUUAUAGUCAUGUGUGCAUACGCAGGUUUUUAUAACGUAGCGGUGGUCCCCGGAAUCGAACACACUACCCUGGCGUUGCAAGCCCCAUGCUCUACCAACUGAGCUAAAAAGGACCUUGAUUUUGGAAAGAGUAAUAGCUAUCUGGUCUGAAAACAGUGUUUGUUGAGAACACUCUAACACAGUUAACAUUUCAAAUUAUGAUACCUUCUUUAAUUGUGAUUUAUUCAACCCAGAUGCAAAUGUCGAAUUUCUAUUUUCUUGAUGAAAGAAAAUAGAUGUGUAGAUAAUGGUAUGAAAUCAAUUAGUGAAACAAAAAACAGGACCCACAGGGAAACCCAGCCAUUGGUCGUUCCCCAUCCAGGUCAUGGAGUCACUUCUCUGUCACAUUGGCCACUGUCUCCAAACUUUCCACUUCAGUUGAGUAGGUAUCCACAGCAGUGCAAGAGAUUCAUUUAUCGGUUUUAAUUGCAAGUCAAAGGCAGAGGUAAUGUCCUCACGAACAAUCUCUCGGAUAGUAUUGGCCAACUAUUUCGGUUGUCAGGUGUUUUAAUAAACAUCUUUAUUUUGCAUUCAAGCCUCAGUUUUGGAUUUAUUCAUUAUUUCGACAGUGUGUGUGUGACACUAUUCAGUAGUAAGGACCUUAAAAGAGCGCAGGAUGGCCUCUUAUCAUUCAUGGGUGUUGAGAGCCGCCAUGUUCCCACAGGUGAAUUAUGAACGGACAGAAUAUGCCAGCUACUGGAGAGAAGUAGACCUGCUAUUGUUCCUUGUAAUACAGAGAAUAGCCCUCACCUUAACGUGAUGUUAUAUGUAAUACACAUUUAUUUGAAAAUAAGUCAGUUAAUUCAUAGUUAUUUUGCAAAAGAAAAGCCACGAGAAAGCCACAAGUUUUUCAAUGAAUGCCAACGGAACGGGAUACGGUUGAAGAGGUUGCUAGGUGUUGGGUUAAGGUCACUACAGCGUGAGGAGAGAGCGGUAAUGUCUACGUGUCUGUUCUGACUGUGUUAUGCUCUCACCCCACAGAUGAGCCAUGUCUUGGGGACAAGUCUAUAUUCUGCCAGAUGGAGGUCCUAGCCCGCUACUGUUCCAUCCCUGGCUACAACAAGCUGUGCUGUGAAUCCUGCAACAAGAAGGAAGGCUUCACCACCCUCUUCUCUCCAUCCCCAGACCUCCACAAGACUGGAGGAUCCUCAGACUCUGAGACUGGCCCAGACCAGGAGACCUCCACCCAGCCGAACCCCACCGCCUCCACCACCCUACCAUCAGACACCCCGCUCCCCCACACCACUACCCAGAGCCCACCCCGAACCACUAAGACCCCUAGACGGCCUCGCUCCACUGCCCAGGGCCUGACCACCUCACCGUCGGCGGGUGCGGUCCCUCCCAAGGGUCCUUCCUUGGGGGUCGGGGAUGGAGACUCGGUCCCUGUGCUCCCUUCUCUACCUCCAGGUCCCAGCCCGCCUCUCCGGCCCCGGCUCCGGCCCAACGCUGCUCCAGACUCCAAUGGAGACCCUGCUUUAUCGCCAUCUAAAGAGCACAGCAGUCCAAACAACCGCUCUUUAGGCCAAGCCGCCGGCCCCGGCCCUGAACCCGGGCCUGCUGGAGCUGUGGCUGGCGUGGCUGCUGCCAGGUCAAGAAGGGAGGAUGUAGGAUCAGAGAGGGACUCAGCUCACAGAACCAGAACAACCAGAACCAUGUCCCAUGUGGUGACAUGAUCCCUGACUUAUCCUGUGACUUGCUGCUCAGUAAUAUGGUCCACCAUGACUUCCGUCAGCUCAACGUUAUUACAACGUUGUUACAGCAUUACAGUGUUACAGCGUUACAAUGUUACAAUGUGACAACUUUAUUACAACGUUACAACAUUAUUACAACCAUCUGAGGGAUUAUCCUGGACUGGACUCUCAACCGAUUGCUGCAAGAAUAAAUUAACAUGCCAGUGGACUUAGACCAGUAAUGGUUACCUCAUCGAACCAGCAGAGCGAUUUGCACUGCAUCACUCAGCCCUCUCUGCUUCAGUUAAGAAAUGGAAGAAAAACAAGAAAAUAAAAAGGUGCUGAAACUAAAAUGACUACAAGACAUGUUAAACAAUGUGACGACUGCAUUGGCUGCCAUUACUUCCU